CUUAACGAAAAACUCGCCAGUUCAGGGUGGCGCUAAGUUUGGGCGCCAAACCAGACGUUUCCCGCUAAAUUCACCCGCCACACUAACCUUCUUCAAUGGAUAAAAACCCCACCAACCGACUCUCACUCAGUUCAUCCAACCCUUUUGAAAUCUAAAGUUAUUUCUCAAAAACUUCUCACAAUUGCAAACACCACCAAUCCCCAAAACAUGGUGGUUCCUCUAGGCCCGGGCAAGUUCUACGGCAGCAGCCUUCCGCGCCCUCGUAUCUAUACCGAGACCCGAUUCAAUUCCGAACGCGUGGAUCCUCCGGUUCCGGUCCUUGACCCGCUGCUGUCCUGGGCCAACGAAGCGCACUGGUCCAUGGGUGGCCUCAGUUUCAAGCGCCUCCGUCUCCAAGGGCGGAUCGAAGGCAACGUUAAGAGACUGAAAGCCCAACGCGAGAAGCUCCUUAACGAGAAGGAUGAUGAUCCGUCGCCCCCUCCUGCUCCAAUGGCCAUUAAGAGGAAGAGAUUCUUCGAUCUUAUUGACGACGACGACGUGGAGAGCGAAAGUGAAAGUGAUGAAAUGGUGGUGAAGAGAGAAGCGAAGAGGGCGUCGAGGAAAGGUCCAGUGAGGAAGCUGGGAUGAUUUUGAGAGGGUGGCAAAUGAUAAAGAGAAGAGGAGUUUCAGUGAUGGAAUCGUUGGCGAUGUAAUGAAGAUUGCCGAGGAGGUUAAUGCUGAAUCCGAGGUCGUGAAGAAGAGGAGGAGGAUUGUAAAGGGUUUGAAGAACGAUAAAGACAAGCUGCAGCAAGGUGGAACAGGGACAAGGUCUUCUCCGAGAUUGGCAAAGCGUGGUUGAGCAUUUUUAAUCUUCAUAAUGACUUGAAAACCCUAUCUUCUAUGUAUUGAAUAAAUAAAUAAACAUUCGUGUGCUCCUUGAUUUCUCAA